UAAUUUUUACUUACUUUUUGAGAUGCCUGGUCAUGGGAAGCAAGAAAUAACAGAUCCUGUAGAGGAAAUGUUAAAAAAGACAGGCUGUAUCAACCUGCACUACAAAGUCCAGGAGUGUAUAGCGGCAACACAAGACUGGAGAAAAUGCCAGGAUGUCGUAAAUGAUUUCAAAAAGUGCAUGCAAGAACAUCAGCAGCGAAACACAUCAAAUUUAGCCUAAAAAUGGGAAAUUCAGUUAUGAAAACUAUUUUGGUCACUAUUUUAAAAACCUUCACCAACUUUGGUUCCACCAAGAUGGUGUUCAUUUUUCGUACUGAUUUAAAGCCUACAAGAGGCAAAUUAGCUACACAAACAGCAGAUGCAGCAGUUUUAUUGUAUGAAAAGGCUCUUAACAGUGAUAACGAGCAUUUAAAAAGUUGGUUAAGGUUUGGACAGCCCAAAAUAGUGUUGAAAAUUGGUGAUGAGAGCAGUUUAAAGAAUUUGUUUGAAGUGGGCAUGAAAAACAAUUUAAGUUUAGUGAAAGUGAUGGAAGAAAAUCAGUUGGUUGCAGUGGGAAUAGGCCCUAAUUUAACCAAAGAUAUUGAUAAUGUAACCAAAGGUCUCAAGUUGUUAUGAAUUACCUACAUUUUGUUGUGUUAAUGUUUACUUAUUUCCUUUAAAUCAUAUACCUAUCAUUUGUAAUUAAAUUUAUUUUAUGGUGAGGAAAAUAUGAGGAUAAAUAAUAAUGUAUUGUGAUUGUAAUCUUUAUUUUGUUUUAUAAGAAUAUUCAUUUAUUACAACAGUAUUUUAAAUUGAUCGAUGUACUUUUAAAAAUUGACACUAUAAGACACAAACUAGUAAACAACAUUGAACAAAUGUGGUAAACAUCUAAGUCAUAAGUGUUUGUGUUGUUCAGAUACAAAUCACGUAAUAUAAAUGUAAAUUUACACCAAAAGUAUCAGUUUUUUUUUAUAAAAAUGGACAGAUUUUUUUAGAAGGGUAGUAUUUAAAAAAAAAGAUAUCACAACUAUAUCACAAUUAUUAUAAAAUUUAAUUGCUUAUAGUAAAUUUGAGUUACUGUUACUUUUGAUGAUUUAAAAUUAAUAUGUAAUA